AUGGCUCAGAUCGAUCUGAUGGAGGUGGCAGAGGCGACCGCUGUGGAGUCCGCGAUUCUAUGGCAGGUGCAAACUAUCCUCGAAGCUCUUCUACCCAUCGGCGAGCUCGACGCGUGGCUUCAACGAGUUGGCCUCGCUGGUGCCAUCGGUGCACUCAAGUAUGAGGUCGAGAGGAUGGAGACGGUCAUCAACAGUGUCAGGGGCAGGGCGGUCGGGAACAAGCCGCUUGCCCGCUCCCUCGCUCGUGUCAAGGAGCUCAUGUAUGACGCUGACGACGUCGUGGAUGAGCUUGAUUAUUGUAGGCUCCAGCACCAGGUCGAAAGAGCUAUGCUUGCUCCUGCUACUGAGCCGGAAGGCAUGGUUGGAGAUGGAGACAGAAAUAGAGCAGAGCAAGCAGAUCCAUCGGCCAACAGUACUGGUACACUGAGCAAUAGCGGCCGCAAUAACCGAUCCGAGGUGCGGGACUAUUUUCAGAUUAUACCAUCUGUUAACGGAGAGCCUGCAAAAGCGAAGUGCAAUUGCUGCGGCAGAGAGCUUACAUGGGGUCACGGGACAUCAGCUUUGAACAAGCAUCUCAAAAGUUGCAACAAAAAACGUUCAGCAAUUGAAGAGACGCCGAACCGUCCAAGUGUCGGCGACAGUGUACAAAAUGGUGCCACAAUUUCGACCUAUGAUUCAGAGGGCAGAAAAAAAAAGAGAAUUGAGUACAAUGUAGCUGCAACCACGCACUUUUUGAAAAGCAUCCAGGAAAUAGUUCUUGAGUUAAGAAGCAUCCGACACGAUGUGAUUGAGUAUCUCAAGGACUCUAUUGCAAGGCCUGAUCUGUAUCUGAUUAACAACUCAGAUACACGAGUAAGAACAUCAAGCUCUCGUCCUGGAAAGGUAUAUGGAAGGGAUGUGGAGGAAGACAAAAUCAUAAGGGCGAUCAAAGCUGCUAAGUCGGACAACAUUACUGUGCUACCUAUUGUAGGCAUUCCAGGAGUUGGGAAGACAGCUUUAGCUAAACUUGUAUACAAUGCACCACGUGUUGAAAGAAAAUUUGAGCGGAUAUGGGUUUGGGUGUCCAACAUCUUCGAUGAAGUAAGAGUGACAAGGGAGAUCUUAGACGUUGUUGCUCUAGCCAACCAUGAAGGAUCUCGCAAAAGAGAAAGCUAUGAAGGAGUCAGCAACUACUCGAAACUUCUAGAGGCCUUAAAGAAACAUAUAGCUUGUCUGUCCAAAAAGUUUCUACUUGUUCUAGAUGAUGUCUACGACUGCAUGGAUAAUUCCCAAUGGAAAGAUCUAAUAGAUGCUUUGGGAUCAAGUUGCAGAAAGGGUAAUGUGAUUAUUGUGACAGUUAGAAAUUUGGCCGUUGCAAAAAGGCUAGGUACAAUAGAACCAGUUAAGUUAAGAGCUCUAGAAAAUGAUGGUUUUUGGCUAUUGUUUAAAGCAUGUGCAUUUGGUGAUAACCAAUGCAAAGAACAUCUAGAUAUCGGCCAUCAAAUAGCUACAAAGUUAAAUGGCAACCCAUUAGCAGCAGAAAAUGCAGCGGACAUGUUAAGAGAGCAGCCUGGUCUUCACCAUUGGAAAAGCAUCAUGAAGAAUGGUGUUUGGGAAUCUCUGCAAUUCCGUGGAGGCAUCAUGACUGCUUUGAAGAUUAGUUAUUAUCAGUUGCCAUACAAUUUACAACAAUGUCUCUUGUUUUGUUCAAUAUUUCCGAAUGGUUAUUUGUUCCAUGUUGACAAUUUGGUUCACAUGUGGAUAUCGUCGGGAUUUGUGAAAUCUGUUGAGGCAGGACAAGAUUACCUCAAUGCUCUGGUUAACUCAGGUUUCCUUAUUAUAACAGACUUCAUUAUACUUGGCCAUAAAAAAUGCUAUGUUAUGUGUGGUGUGAUGCAUGAAUUUGCAAGACUGGUUUCAAGGGCCGAGUUUGCAACUAUGGAUGGUUUAGAGUGCAAAGAAGUUCUACCAACCGUACACCAUUUUUCAAUCCUAAUUGAUUCAAUGUAUCAUAAAGAUGAACGUGGGUUCAUACUUCGUAAUGGGAAGUUUGAAGAAAAGUUGAUGAGUAUGAUUUCUUCAGUGAGAAGAUUGAGGACAUUGAUCUUAAUUGGGCAUUAUGACUCAUUAUUCUUCCAGUCCUUCCAUAUCUUCAUGUGCAGUUUGGUAAAUUGUACCCAUCUUCGUUACCUAAAACUUGAGAACAAUGGGAGCAGUGAAGCUUUGCUUAUAUCUCUGAGCAAUUUUUACCAUCUUGAAGUAUUAGAUGUUGGACAACCACUUAUUGUUGAUGGUACGAGUGAUCUUGUCAGCAUGAGGAAUCUUAUUCUAACAAAGGGAGCGGAAGCCUUCGGUGCUUGCUCCCCAACAUGGUCUGCUUGCUUGCAGAAGAUCCAUCUAGAGGAUUGUGAAGGAUGGGAAAUACUACCAUCACUAGAAAGUCUAUCGUCUCUUACGAAGUUGAAGUUAAGGAAUAUGCCAGAAGUAGCGGAGUUGUCAAUUCCUUCACUUGAGGAACUGGUGUUGAUUGAUAUGCCAAAGUUAGAGAGCUGUUCCUCCAGUUUAGUGAGGGACUUGAAUUGUAGUUUGAGGGUGCUGGAGAUUAGGCGGUGCUGUGUACUGAAGGCAUUUCCCCUAUUUCAGAGCUGUGAAAAAUGUGAAAUCGAGCAGCACUCAUGGUUGCUCCAUGUUAGCGAGCUUACCAUCAAGGAUUCUCCUUAUUUAAUAGUAUCAAAUCCUCUACCACCUUCAAGUAGCCUUUGUAAAUUAUCCAUCACAAAAGUUUCCGCACUUCCAGAGAUGGAGGGAUCAUCAAACGGGGAAUACAGAAUUGGAUCUUAUGGUGAUCCAUCUACCAUUGAUUUCCUUGAUGACAAAAUUUUGUCAUUCCACAACCUGAGGACCAUAACUCGAUUGCAAAUAGUGGGCUGCAAUAAUCUGUUGUCUAUUUCACUAGAAGGUUUGAAGCAACUCGUCUGCUUGAAGAGGUUGGAAAUAUGGUCAUGCCAAACAAAUUUCUCUUCAGAUGUGUCGUCAACACAUACCCACGAAUACAUGACAAGCACAAAUUUUGAUGCCGGUCCAUCUCUCGAGUGUCUCAGCAUUAAAGAUUGUGGAAUAAUUGGCCAGUGGUUAUCUGUGAUAUUGCAAAAUGUGCGAGCCCUAGAGACAUUGGAUCUAGUGAGGUGUGAGCAGAUAACAGGACUAUUGAUACAAGGUAAAGAGAAUACUUUAUCAAAUCUCACCUCGGCUCCAUGUGUUUCAUCACAGGGAAAUCCAGAUCGCGCAUCGGCAAGGCCAUGUCCUAACAAACUCCUGCGGAUUCCAUCUAACCUCAUACCCUCUAUCAAGACGAUGUCCAUUGCAUUUUGCAAGCUAAAGUUUCUGGGGAACAAGGAAUGCUUCUGUGGAUUCAACUCCCUUAAGGAGCUAAGAAUUUUUGAAUGCCCCGAGCUGAUAUCGUCCUUGGUGCGUGAAGACGAAAUCGAUGACCAGGCAAACGGAAGAUGGCUUCUCCCGUGUUCACUUGGCAUACUGGAUAUCCAUGGUGCUUCCCUAGAAACGCUGCAGCCCUGCUUUCCGGGAGAUCUGACCCGCCUCAAAGUACUAGAUGUGUCGGGAAAUGAUGCAUUGAAAUCUCUACUGGUGAUUCAUUCAAGACAAAGACCUUGGAAGUUCUCGUGA